AUGACGGGCAGGAUGUCCAUCCCACUCCCGGAAAUCUUCGCCCAGAUCCCCCGCCACCCCAUCCUCUACCCUCACCCCUCCCCCAUCCAUCCCCUCCCCACCUUCUCAUCCCCCCAGAAUCACCCCGCAACCCUACCCCGGAUCUCCGUCUUCGCCAAGCGCGAAGACCACGGCGCACCACUUGCCUGUGCAGGGAACAAAUACCGCAAGCUGGAGUACAUCGUCCCGGACAUCCUCUCGCCAACGCCAACCCACCACUACCAUGAAUUCCACCCAACAGCCCAGAAACUCGACGGCCCGGCCACCGUGCUCGUCACCGAGGGCGCCAUGCAGAGCAACCACACGGUGCAAGUAGCCGCGCUCGCCCGGAAGCUAGGCCUGAAAGCUCUCGUCCUGCUCAAUCAAGACGCCGGCGGUGGCCACAGGGCCAGCACGGAAAAGUCCUACUUCCGACGGCUGGGCAACGUGCAGAUAACCGAACUUCUGGGCGUGGAGAUUCGCCGAUACGACAAGCACCGCGCAGAGACCUGCGAUGCAUCCCCGGUCCUCGCAGGACUGAGACAAUGCGGCGAGCGCCCGUACUGGAUCCCCGGCGGCGCGAGUCUCCAUCCACUCGGCGGCCUCGGGUAUGCACGGGCGGCUUGGGAGAUUGCGUCGCAGGAGGCAAAAGGACCACCACUCGGCGGGUCCGGCCGAUUCGACUACAUCUUCGUCGCAUGCGGGAGCGGGAGUACCGUCGGCGGACUGAUAGCCGGCUUCAAACUACAGGAGAAGCUGCGCGGGGAAUCGGCGGUGGCGCCGCGCAACGUCAUUGGCGUUCUGAACUCGCCUACGAAGCCGCGGCCCCAUCAUGAGGAGCGAGUGCUCAGAUUUGCGCGCCGGGCGGGAGAGCUCAUUGGUCUGGAUGCGGAGCGGGAUAUCACCAUGGACGAUGUGCAACUUGAUGAUCGGUUUGUCGGGGAAGCCUACGGAGUUGUCGACCCGGAGGUCAACAGGUUGCUAUCCGCGAUGGCGGAGUCGGAAGGUGUCAUUUUGGACCCGGUGUACACAGCCAAGGUUGCCAGGGGGAUGAUGCACUGGGUGAUGAGCGACGAGAUGACACAGUAUUCCCAGAAGUACACCCUGGACGAGGUGAAUGUGCUGUUCAUUCAUACGGGUGGGCAAGCUGCGCUGUCGGCGUACUGGGACUGGGUCCCCCGUUGA